AAGAUACUAUUUGACUUUUUGUCAAGGUGAUCUAAUGCCUAAAAUUGUAGAUUUACAAAGUUAGAUAAAAUUUAAUAGAUAAAUAUAAUGUUAGUAUAAUAAUAACUGGUUACUGUUUAUGUGCCGGUUUUUAAAGUAUCGAACGUAAAAUAUGAUGUUUUUGGUUAUUUCCGAAUUCGCAUUUAAUUGUACAGCUGUUUUCAUGUAAAGAUUGUUACCACAGCAAUUAUGGUGUGUUAAAAAUUUGUGACCCUUUGUGGGGUCCGGCAUAGCCACCCCUUGUAUCAUUGCUCAUUAGGUAAAAUAUUAAACAAAUUCCAUAUCUAAUCUGUACCUGUAUAGACAUUAUUUGUACUUAGAUAUCUAAUUAUUUUGAUUGGAAAAUAGUAAAUAGAAAACAUGAAUAAGAUAAAAGAUAUAGAUUGCACAAGGAAUUGUAAGUCAAGAAUCCAUGGUCAGACGCUGACAAGUGCGAUUACCAAGAGAGCUGUAAGCAAUGAAGCUCUUGCCAGCUUUAUUAAAACAACUUGUGCUAAUUUCGCUAAAGCGUUCGAUUUUGAGGGCCGCACUGCGUUGCAAAUGUCAGCGUCUAGAGGCAGAAAUGGUUUAAUGGAAUGGCUUUUACGUCAUUCAUCUGAUGCUUUUAUAAAUGCAAAGGACCGUGAAUCUGGUUAUACACCAUUGCACAGGAGCAUUUUCUAUGGACAAAUACAUUCAGCUGUCUCCCUCAUGAAACUUGGUGUUAACACGGAUAUCCUAGACAAGGAUGAUUAUAAGGCCAUUGACCAUGCUAUGCUAGACAAGCAUUACAUGUACAAGCUCACUGGCUCUGAGCCUUGUGAUGCAUAUGUAUGGGGCAGCAACUCAAAUUAUACCCUCGGUACUGGAUCUCAUCAACCCCGGAACAUACCUGAUCUACUGACUUGCUUCAGUCGCGAUAACGCCAAUGUAAAACAGGUGUGCCUGGGUAAAUUCCAUAGCGUAUGGAUUUGUGGUACAAGUGAUGUUGGCGAAGUCUGGUGCGCGGGUCAACCGGCUCGUGCGGGCGGUCCUCACACCACAGCCCUUAGACCAGCACCACUUAAACUGCCAGAACCUUGCACACAAGUCGCCAUAACGUUGACGUCCACCGUGUUCUUGCUGCAGAGUGGUGCGGUAAUUCAAUAUUCACUGAACAACACUGAGAAUCCUAGCCCGUCAAGUGUCAAAAGUCCAACGACCAUCAAACUGGCAUCAGUAAAACCACUUAUAAAAAUCUCUCAACCUCUGGGUAUUUGCGCGGGACGGUCCCACGCAGUGGUCUGGAAUAAACACGCCGUUUACACGUGGGGCGUUAACGUGGGCCAAUUGGGACAUCCACAGGAGGAUAAAAACGUUCCUUUGCCAAAAAGGGUUGGUAUAUCAUUGAAUAACAAAGAAGAAGCGAGCGUACAACUCGUGGACGCCACAGACGCGGCGACGGUCAUCACGACCAGUCGCGGAGACGUCUAUCUCCUCCACAAGUAUCUAUGCAAGAAGAUCGCCAUCAAGCAAAUAAAUAUACGUCAAGUUUGCGUAGAAGCUAAAGUAAGCGAACAAGGUUCAUAUUCCCGUGUCACCGUUCUGCUUCUGACAAACGUGGGCCAUCUUAUGAUUUGGCAAGACACCGCCAACAAGCUGACCAGAUGCGUGUUUGGUCUAAGCCACCAAACUAUAAUUACCCACGUGUCUCUGACACACGACGCUCUCUACUUCACUACCAAGCACGGCGAAGCGUUCAUUGGCAACAUCUCCCGCAAGACCACGCCCCCUUCCUCGCAGCCAAUCAGAAAAGACAGAGAAAAGGACAACAGAUCCGCUCUCGUUAAAUUCCUAGAAAAGGACGACUGUACGUCCGUUCGAAUCACGAAGAUUCCGAACAUACACAGAGCUGUUGCAAUAAAUGUGGACAGCGAGGGACUGAAUUUUGCUUGCCUUCAGAUGAAACCAGCAUGCGGUCUGACGUCACUCCCUGAUUUGUCACCAUCGAGUCUCUCCAAGCACAUGGAAUGUCUAUUAGAGACUGCUGCUGAAGAUGACAUUCUACAUGACGUUAUAUUUAAGGUUGGUGCCAAAAAUUUCCACGCCCACAUCUUCAUAAUAGCGUCCAGUAGCGACUAUUUGUACAAACUUUACCAAGAAACAAGCGCAAAGGAGCAUAAACCAGCAAUUAAUUUAGAAAAUGUCCAUCCGGAAGUAUUCGAAAGGAUUAUAAGAUUCAUGUACACUGGGACGUGUGAUGUAGCCGAGUUAGGAGCAUGUGGGCUGAAGAUAAGGAAGGAAGAUCUGAUUGGCGCGAAUAAGAAAGGGAAGGAAGAUGUCGAAAUUGAAACUGAUUUAAUAGAUAAUCCUGCAGAGAUAUCAGCAUUUGAAGUGUACAAGAAUACGGAGAAGAAGAGAGGAAACCGCCGUCGGAACAUUGAAACCCCACCGCGUACACAUUUGUUCUGCGACCCAAUCAAAUUAGUGCAAGCAACAGCGAAACGGCUGCAAGUUAUGGGAUUGCAUAAGCUGCUUGAUAAAUUCUAUUACAGGGAUGGCGUCGUGUAUCUUAAAGAAAGCGCAACUCAUACUAAGAACUGUCCACCUACAUGGGACCGAGAGAGCUAUUCAGAAUUAGUGGACACCAACGUCUGUUCCAAAGACGGCGUGUUGAUAUCAGCUCAUAAAUGCAUCCUAGCGGCUCGGCUAGAGUAUUUCCAUGGCAUGUUUAUGCAUUCUUGGACUGAGAGCAAAUUACUAUCUACAGUAACUCUACCAAUUAAUCACGGAAUUCUCCUCCCUGUCAUAAACUUCUUGUACACGGAUAAGUGUCCAGAAAUUGAAACCUCGGACAGCAUAGAUUUCAUUUGCAGCAUGCUCAUUGUAUCUGAUCAAUUAUUUAUCGGCCGACUCAGAGAAAUGUGCGAGAUUGCCCUCGCUAACCUGAUAUCAUUGAAGAACUGUACCGAACUCUGUCAAUUCGCACACACCUACAACGCGACACAACUAAAACAAUGUUGCAUGGAAUACAUAUCGUUAAAUGUAAACAGUAUUCUGGAGAACAGGUCCUUGGACUUGCUAGAAGAAUCUUUACUAGAAGACAUAUCCAAGUAUUAUUGCACGUUCAACCCCAUUAUGUCAUCGCGAGUAAUCACCCCGUUCUACAAUGCACCCAGCGAUGAAAUUAUCGACGAAUGCGCCAAAAUACUUCCUGUGGAUUUAGACUUUGUAGAUGAGGAUGUUAAAAAAGAGGACAGCAUCAUUGAAGUUAAUAAAAAAAAGAAACAAAAGAAGAUUGAAUAUACCGAAAGCGAGAAGGCGAGACGGAGAUAUGAAUCAGUCAGCUCGGUGACAUCAUUGGACCUAUCUCACGAUACAUCUGGAGAUGUUACGUUAUCGCUCAGUGCUAUUUCUAAAAGUGUGGAAAAAAAAUCUCAAGAUACUGGAAAGUGGACUGAGGUUCCAACAUCACAGCAAAAACAACAAAAAGUUGUACAAGCACGCUUGAAAGCGAUAUCAUCUGCUAAAGAUAUUCUUAACGAACCACCAGCCAAUUCUUUCACAAAACUCACUAAGAACAAUUCUUCUAGUGCCAUUUCUCAGGAACCUUCGACACCGACUACCUCUCGCAUGUCCGUAUCUCCCAAAGAAUCACCAUUAUCUGAAUCAUGUUGGCGUCAAAGGAAUCUAGUCAUAAAUCAUGUUGGGCCCAAGUUAUCUCAGAAACAAAGAAAAAAAUUGGCUAACGAACAAUCAUCUCCUCAGACUCUUGAUGAUUAUUUCUCCAAUAAACUUAACAUUGGUAGUCCUCCGGACAAACCAAAGAAUCCCUGGAAGAUUUGUGAAACACCCAUCGCUAAUAGUAGCCCGAAUAAGCCAAGUGCCAUGAAAUUUGAUACGAUUUUAGCUGAUCAGAAAAAGCAGAAAGAUGACCUCUCAAGGAUCAUGACGAAACCUCUAACUUUGACACAGCUUGAAGAUAAAGCUAUUGAGGAAUUGGAAAGGUUCUACAACAUACAUGAAAUUGACGAUGAACUUAUAACAGUGAGACGCAUAGAGUUGCAAGUGUCUUCCCCGCAAUGGAUCCACACUGCCCCAAAGUGAUAAUAUUGUGCUAUUUUUACAUAUUGACAAUUUGUAAUGAUGAUAAUAUUUUAAUAUAUGUUAUAUGUAUGUG